UUUCCCCUCAGCCCUCAUUUCGAUCAACCACUCUUUCUCUGAGCGCUGCUUGAUUUGGUUUUCCUUUGAAGAUCGAAUCAUACAAUAAGCAGAACUUCUCAUAUUUCUUUCUUUUGUUGUUCUUUCGUGCGAUUUUCAAUCUCUACCCCUGAAAUUACCCCGCCAUGGCCCCUCCAAAGGUCUUUUCUCUUGAGGGCAAGGGUCUCAAGCUGGACACUGCUGCCGACAUUGAAGCCCAUAUUAAGCCUCUCGUUGAGAGCACUGAUUACACUGAAGUCCGUCUGGGCGGAAACACUCUAGGAGUCCCGGCUUGUGAACGCCUGGCUGCCGUCCUCUCCACCCAAAAGUGCCUCGAGGUGGCUGAACUUGCGGAUAUCUUCACGUCGCGUCUGCUCAGCGAGAUCCCCGACGCUCUGACCUUCCUCCUUAACGCGCUCCUUGAAAUCUCGACCCUUCAUACCGUCAACCUCUCCGACAAUGCCUUCGGCGCCAAUACCCAGAAGCCCCUUGUCGACUUCCUUGCCCGCCAUGUCCCUCUCCGCCAUCUCAUCCUGAACAACAACGGUAUGGGUCCCGAAGCCGGCUCAAAUAUUGCCAAGGCGCUCACACAGCUUGCGGGGCGCAAGGAAGAGGCGCGAAAGGCAGGAAAGGGGGCUCCUCUCCUGGAGAGCAUUGUCUGUGGACGGAAUCGUUUGGAGAAUGGUAGCAUGGCCGCCUGGGCACGUGCCUACGAGGUACAUGCGGCUGGAAUGCGCUCCGUGAAGAUGACUCAGAAUGGAAUCCGCCAGGAGGGUAUCUCGCUUCUGCUGAAGGAGGGUCUCCGCCACGCCAGCGCACUGGAGGUUCUUGACCUCCAGGACAAUACCUUCACGGUCAUGGGAUCUACUGCUCUUGCCGGUGUUCUUGGUGGAUGGCCUUCUCUCCGCGAACUUGGCGUUGGUGACUGCUUGCUAUCUGCUCGUGGAGGUGUCAAGGUCGCCCAGGCUUUGGCUGAAGGAAAGAACCAGAAGGUUGAGACUCUGCGACUGCAGUAUAAUGAUAUUUCCGCCGAGGGUGUCAAGCAGUUCUUGCAUGCGACCAAGACUGCUCUUCCCUCUCUGCGCCGUAUUGAACUUAAUGGAAAUAAGUUCAACGAAGAUGACAACAACAUAACUGAACUCCAGGAGAUCUUGGAGACCCGGAAGGAGGAACAAGGUACGGAUGACGACCCUGAGGAUAUGUGGGGAGUGGAUGAGCUUGAUGAGCUCGAGGAGGAGAGCGAAGAGGAGGAAGAAGAGGAAGAAGAGGAAGAAGAAGAGGAGGAGGAGGAGAAGGCUGAGAAGCUCCUUAAGGAUACUGAUCGGGCUGAGAAUGAGAAAGUUGCUCAGGUCGAGGAUAAGGAUGUCGACAAGCUCGCCGAGGCUCUUGGCAAGACGGCCAUCUAAUCACUAUUUCUCCCAACAUACCCCUUAUUAAAUACCCCUAUACCAUUCUGUCUUGGAUUUACCAGUGCUGUGGCAAUAUUUCCACGACUUGCAUAAUGGGAGCUGGAUACUUGGGCAUGACCGAUUGGCAGUCUAAUCACAAGCCUGCAUACGUUCGGCUUUGUCAAUGGAGGAGGGUCUGCAAGCAGUACCCACGACAUGGCGCGAUCUUUGGAGUGCUAUCUACCCUACUUCCCAUCGAGAGCUAUACCUAGCCCAGGGUUCAUUUGGUAUUCGCUCUGCCUCACAAUUGAAGCCCUAGAAAUCAUCAGAUGCUUCUUAUUUCUAGAGGAGAGAGAUGUAUAACCCGUCCGUCGCCUGCCUAUCCGUCACCCCAGCGAGCCUGUUAUUAGCCCCCCCCGUGAUGUAUAUAAUAAUGCUUUAGAAGACCAUAAAUCACUGUGCCAUAUGCUUCGA